GGUGGGUCCCGGUGCUGCAGCAGCCGCAGCGCCGGCCGCGGCUCGGGCUCCCGCUCCCGGGCAUUUAAAGGGGACGCGGCGGCGGCCCGGGGGGAUGGGGGUCAAGUGGAGGGGACGGCUCAGACGCACAUCAUCCACGGUCCCUCGGGACUGGAGGGACUCGUGAGCCGAAGCCAAGAAAUCCGGGGGUGGAUAAGACACCGCGUCCCCUUCCAAUUCCCGUAAGCACCGCUUACUCCAUCCUGCGCUUAAAUACCUUACCUAGACCCCCUCCCCACUCCUUACACUUCAAACUCUGCCGGGACAGAGCUCUGCCGCCACUGUUCCCACCCUGAGAGAGAAACUUAGAGAUCCUGACCUCUUUUGGAGACCCUCUUAGUGACCACAAGGGUUUGAUCACUCAGGACAAAGCUGCCAGAGGAGCUCUGCAGAUCAGCUGGAGGCCAACAGAGUCCCUAGAGGUGGUGCUCAGGGUGAUACAGUGACGAUGAGUGGGUGUCUUCCAGUUGCUGGCCUCCGAUGCCUGACUAGGGUAUGCCGUGGCCUGGCGAGGGAGGCUUCUACCUUCCCAAGCCCCACUGCUUCUCCUGCUGCCCGCUUGCUUCGGACUCUGGCAGAAACCCCACCUGCUGACACGUUCCUCCCAGGGAAUUGGUCUUGGACGUGCCAGCGCCUUUGGCCGUGGCCCGCUAACCAGCCUCUCCCUGGCCGGCUCCCGCCGCGCCCCCUCUCGCUUGUCCCUUCUUCCUCCUCCUGCUCCCCUCCCUCCUGCUCCCAGGACAGCGGGAUGGCUGCUCAAGGCACACCGCGCUUCCUCUUGACCUUCGACUUCGACGAGACCAUUGUGGACGAAAACAGCGACGACUCCAUCGUGCGCGCUGCGCCAGGCCAGCGGCUGCCCGAGAGCCUGCGAGCCACCUACCGCGAGGGGUUCUACAACGAAUACAUGCAGCGCGUCUUCAAGUACCUGGGUGAGCAGGGCGUGCGGCCUCGGGACCUAAGCGCUAUCUACGAGGCCAUCCCCCUGUCUCCGGGUAUGGGAGACUUGCUGCAGUUUGUAGCCAAGCAGGGCUCCUGCUUCGAGGUUAUUCUCAUCUCGGAUGCCAACACCUUUGGUGUGGAGAGCGCCCUGCGCGCGGCCGGCCACCACGGCCUGUUCCGCCGCAUCCUCAGCAACCCAUCUGGGCCUGACGCUCAGGGACUGCUGGCGCUGCGGCCCUUCCACACGCAUAGCUGCACGCGCUGCCCAGCCAACAUGUGCAAGCACAAGGUGCUCAGCGACUACCUGCGCGAGCGGGCCCACGAUGGUGUGCACUUCGAGCGCCUCUUCUACGUGGGCGACGGUGCGAAUGAUUUCUGCCCCAUGGGGCUGCUGGCGGGCGGUGAUGUGGCCUUCCCGCGCCGCGGCUACCCCAUGCACCGCCUCAUUCAGGAGGCACAGAAGGCCGAACCCAGCUCCUUCCGUGCCAGCGUGGUGCCCUGGGAAACGGCCACCGAAGUGCGCCUCCAUCUGCAACAGGUGCUGAAGACGUGCUGAGCACUGCCGCCUAGAGGGGGCGCCCGGGGCAAGAGCGGGGAGGAAGGGCGGGGAGGAGAAACUGGGAAAGACAAACCUAGUUUUACUACUCCCUUUCCCCUUUCGCUUUGCUAUGUCCCUCCGGAAAUUUCUGGAAUUUCGUUCAUUUGGGGGCCAGGAGAGGAGUUCGGAACGGUCACUAACUAUGCCGUUAACCCAGAUCAGCUGCUGUCCCCUGCAGCAAACCGUUUAAUUCUGGAGUCUGGUCCUUGGGGGAGUGGCGUGCAUACCUUUUGAAAGACAGCAGUGUUUCCAAAACCCUGUGCUCUGAACUGGGAGGUGGGGGCUUCUUGACAGAUAAGAAAAGGAACACCUCCCACUGCUUUAACUGCUGCCUCGGGCUGCGUAACCUCCCCUUCCCCCAGUCUUUCCUCAAGGGGGGACCCAGGAUUCCAAACUCCUCGGGGCACCGGACUCUCCGUGGAGACAGAUGAUCCUCUCUGCUGACAGCUCCAGGCCUCCUGGAUCUUGCUUCAGCCCCGGAAAUCUCACUAUUUCUGUGCUCGCAACACCUUGCCGCCCCCCUCCUACCCCGUCAGCACCUCUACACAGUAAAAAAGAAAAAAGGAAAAAAAAAAAAAAAGCCAGCAGGAUAGUCGCCUCCUAGUGGUGGAGUGAGGUUGCACACCGUCCACCUCAGGUUAACGCCAGCCAGGGACUUCACUGCGUGCGAAGGUGUCUCCUUGCACCCCAGCCUCGUCUAUGCAUCAAGAGCCCAGGGACUUCACCAAAGUCGUCCUCCACGUCCCCCUCUUUCCAUAUGGAACAGGAAGCCAUGAUGUUUUUAAGCAGAGCCAGGGAAACCCAAGCCCCUUCUCCCUCUGGUGUUUGAGAACUAUAAAGGAGGUGAAGGGGGA